UCUUGUUCCGUUCGGGCUUCCGUGCUUCGCCUCGUUCUCGUUCUUCUCAGUCGGUCCUGCAGUGAAGAUGGCGGAAGCUCCCCCGCGGCCCUGCCGGUUCUUCUGCCACCGGUGUUCCGAAGAGAUCAGCCCUCGGCUCCCGGAUUACAUCUGUCCACGGUGUGAGUCCGGCUUCAUCGAGGAGUUGCCUGGAGAGGGAAGUUCAGAGAAUGGGUCCACAUCAACAGCCUCUAAUGAUCAGAACCGGCCCUCGUUCGAGAAUGUGGACCAGCACUUGUUUACAUUCCCACAUGGUUACAGCCAGUUUGCUCUGGGGAUCUUCGAUGAGGGCUUCGACUUCAGAGCCGGUUUGCCAGCGGAAGAUAACCGUGACGCCGAAAACCGCCGAGAGCGGGAGAUGGCCUCACGACAGCGCUACGGGGCCAGACAGCCGCGGGGACGACAUGUUCCCCGGAGACAAGGAGUGAGGCAUGAGGGUGUACCCACUUUAGAAGGAAUCAUUCAGCAGUUAGUUAAUGGUAUUAUUGCUCCGACUGCUAUGCCAAACGUGGCGAUGGGGCCAUGGGGAGUGCUGCACUCAAACCCAAUGGACUAUGCAUGGGGAGCCAAUGGAUUAGAUGCCAUCAUAACUCAGUUAUUAAAUCAGUUUGAAAAUACGGGUCCCCCUCCAGCAGACAAAGAGAAGAUUAAGAGUCUCCCUACGGUCCAGAUCACACAGGAGCACGUGGGUGCUGGUCUAGAGUGUCCCGUCUGUAAAGAAGACUACAGCGCAGGAGAGAAUGUUAGACAACUUCCGUGCAAUCAUCUCUUUCAUAACGACUGUGUCGUUCCCUGGCUCGAGCAGCAUGACACGUGUCCAGUGUGCAGGAAGAGUUUGAGCGGCCAGAACACAGCCACGGAUCCACCCGGCCUAUCAGGGAUGAACUUCACCCCCUCUUCCUCCUCCUCUUCCUCCUCCAGCUCUCCGAGCAACGAGAAUGCCACCAAUAACUCGUAAGAGCUCAGUCCACGUCCCCAACACAUCAUCAUCAUCAUCAUCAUCAUCAUCAUCAUCUCAGCCGUGCUGCCCAGCGCCGGCCCGGACGACACACACUCUUUCCCUCCCACCGGAGACUGAUCUGUGACACGGUGGAACCAGCGCUGAACCUGCCCAUCACUACCAACACACACACACACAAACACGCCAAACCCCGAGAGAACCAAACACUCUUCUGUUGCUGUUCUUUUAAACCGCUGAACUUCAGAGCCAUCAUUCCUCAAGGUCCGUGUGACGUGCUUUUAAUCAGCAGAGCGCGUGAGAGAAAUGCUGAGGAACAGAGCUGCAGGACGAGGUGCGAGCUGAACUGUGUUUGAGAAGCAGACUCUGUGUCAGACUCUCCAGAGGGACGCACGCGCUCAAAUCCAACCUUUUCUUUUAUUAUCCUUUCAUUCUUAUUUUACGGAGAAAAGUUGCUGAUAUGUGAACGUGAGUAUGUGUGAAUCUCUCAAAACCGGUCAAGGUCACGUUUCACCCCACAAUCUGACGAAGAAAGAAGCUGUGUAUUAAGCUAAAGCCUGUUUUAGAGCCGCACCGAUAACUUUGUUACUUUUCAAUACAAUUGUGACAUUAUGCCGUAAUGCAAAAAACAAUCCGAUUCUCAUUACUGUAAUACGAAUUGUAUUGUUAGUUGCACUGCCUUUAAUUUGAUCAAUCAUUUAAUUACAGUAUUUUAUAUUGUAGUACUACAUUACAGUAAUGAAUAAUGCAUUACUGAAUGCUUUCUUGUAAAUAAUUGUCAUGAAAUGAUCUAAAAUGCAAUCUUUUCAUGCAUCAUACAGUUUUCUUUUCUUUUGAUGUUGGGGUUAAAUAAAAUCUGGAUGUGUUUUUCGCGAUUCACCCAUAUAUAUAUAUGAAACAUACUUAUUGAAAGAAAUAAAAAAUAAGAGUUGUGUCAUAUUGUGAAAAGCCAAGCGAUCCAAGAACAUCUGUGACUGAGGAAGUUUCUCUCCUGAUAUUUAUUUGCACAGUGAAGAUUAUUAGAGCAUUGAACAAACAGAAAAGUGUGAAUGAUUUUCUACAUUUAGCACCGUCCUUAAAACUCCUUGAAAAGAACAUUUCACCCUGCAUUUUUUUGGGCCUUUAUCCAAACAGCACACGGCCCGAGAACGAGAUAAGAGCUCUCUCUUGCUUUCUCUCACUCUUAACUCUUUUUUUUUUUUCUUUUAUAUUUUUAAAUCCGCUCACAUCCAGCUGUCUUCUCUCAGUCUGCCACAUAUUCAGUGACUUUCAGUUCAGGACAACUUUUUUUUUAACUUAUUUUAAGUUGAAUGGUUUGUUUUUGUAAAUCAUAAUAAAGGAGAAGAACCAAUGAAUAAUGAA